AUGGCCGCCGCCGCCGCCGCGCCGCUUCUCUCUGUUUUUCUGAGAUUAGGGGAGAUGGAAAAGAAGAGAAAUGCAGAGUGUAGUUUGGAAGAAUGGCAAGCAAAAUGGAAGUGGAGCAAUGGCAGGCAGGGUGGCAUACCAUUACCAACAUGUGCAACAGAUCAAGCAUGUGCUCCAUUCCAGUUCCAGUUGGCCUGUGAAUUUGUGGAUACAGAGGAAUUCCAGAGGUUACGGGAUCUGAAACAGCUUGGUCUUACGUAUCUGGUGUAUCCUGGUGCUGUCCACACGCGCUUUGAACAUUCACUAGGUGUUUAUCAGCUUGCUGGGGAAGCUAUGCAACAUCUUCAAAUGAACCAGGGAAAAGAGCUUGGCAUUGACCGUGUAGAUGUGCAAACUGUGAAACUAGCAGGUCUCCUGCAUGACAUUGGACAUGGCCCCUUCAGUCAUUUGUUUGAGCAUGAAUUUCUUCCUCGUGUUGAUCCAGGAUCAACAUCAAAAUGGUCCCAUGAACAUAUGUCUGCACUGCUGCUGAACAAUAUUGUUGAUAAACAUGCAAUAGAUAUUGAACCUGAUUAUCUGAAAAUUGUCAAGGAAAUGAUAAUUGCAAGCUCUAAGUUCUCCACAACGGAGGGUGCGAAGGAGAAGCGUUUUCUUUACGACAUUGUUGCUAAUGGCCGCAAUGGUAUAGAUGUUGACAAGUUCGACUACAUUGACCGCGAUAGCAGAGCAUGUGGCCUGGGGAGCAAUUUCCAGCACUGGAGGCUUUUACAAGGCAUGCGAGUGAUGGGUGAUGAAAUAUGCUACCCUGCCAAAGAUUAUCUUAGCGUCCAUAAAUUGUUUACCACACGUGCUGAUCUGCAUCGGACUGUCUAUACCCAUGCCAAAGUAAAGGCUGUUGAACUGAUGCUUGUGGAUGCACUUCUUGAGGCUAAUGAUUAUUUGGGAAUAGCCUUGCAUGCAGAAGACCCAGAGGAAUUUUGGAAGUUAGAUGACACAAUUGUUAAAAGCAUUGAGACUGCUCCAAACGAUGAACUGAAGAAAGCAAAAGAAAUCAUUCAGCGUAUUCGCAGAAGACAGCUCUACAAGUUCUGCAAUCAAUAUUCUGUUCCAAAAGAUAAACUGGAGCAUUUCAAGGAUAUAACUGCACAAGACAUAGUUUGUUCCCAGAAAUCAUCUAAGGUGCUGCUGAAGGAAGAAGACGUCGCGGUCAGCAAUGUUAAGAUUGAUUUGACGCGUGGGAGGGACAACCCCCUUGAAAGGGUCAAGUUCUUCAAGGAUUCCGGGUGCGAGGAGAAGUUCACGAUAAACGAGGAUCGGGUCAGCCACUUGCUGCCUGCCUGCAACCAAGACAGAAUCGUCAGAGUGUAUGCUAAAAAACCAGAGCUGGUCGAAGCGGUGUCGGAAGCUUUUGAGAACCUGCAGGUGCGGAUGUACGGUGAGAAGACGCAGGUGCACGACACGCCCACGAAGAAGAGGCGCAUGAGGUUCGAGUAGACAUCCAGUCGCUGCUGCAUACUACUAGGAGGACACAGCUUUACAAACAAACAUGGAAGGAACAUUUAUACUAGUACAACGGAAAAACAAGAUAUUCAGGUCUUAGCUGGUAAUCUGCACAGGGAACACGCUGGUUAUUGUACAGGUUAUAGACGAACAAGAAUAGUUACUCGUUAGAUAUGCUGACAAAGUAUGGGCGUAUGGCUAUCAGAUGCAGAUAGCAUGAUGCAUGUGCAAAGUGCUUCUAAUUUUGCAUGUACUACCCCCGUAUGCUUACCUAUAUGUUGAUGACAUUGCUCCCAGUUACUGAAACAGUGAAUAUGUAUCACAUUCUUAUGUA